AUGAUCGUCGGCGCUGCCGCUGGCUACUUAACCUACCAGGCAGGAAAGGCCAUCAUUCGCUCCAUAGCUGCACCGAUGAUGUGGAACAAUCGUCCCUACUAUUGGGGAUCAAGUUACUACCGACCGCAGCGUGGCCAAGAAAAUAUUUGCCGAAUGCCUAUUGAUCCAUCAGAUCCACAAUUUGGAAACAUCUAUGAACCGGACGGUGUAACUCGUCCGCAUGAGAUUGUUUGGGGUUGCGGUUACUAUGAGUACUGUUGCGGAUAUGAAUGUUGUCGUGGUGGUGGAACAUUUACAGUUGGUGGAUACAGUGCCUCUGUGGGGUACGCAUUUGCGAUCAUCUAUAUCGCCCGAGCUUACCUUGUCUGA